CGCCCCUGCCCUCCUCUCAGCGGGCUCUUUAAGAGGAGGAAGCCGCUCUGCAUCUGCUGAUCCGCGGAUCCUCCUCCUCCUCCUCCUCCUCCUCCUCCUCCUCUCCCAGGCCCGCAUGCCCCACAGCUCCGCCUCAGCAACGACAAACAGCCGGUGCAUGUGGAUCACCUGCAGCACAAUAACCUGGACAUUACUCCGUCAUGGAUCCCCGGUAACCGGAGGUACAAUGCACCGGGCCCGCUGUGCUCCUCCUCCCCAGGGCUGAGCAGGUGUUUCCAGGCUGAGCUGCGGAGGGUCUGUCCUGCAGGUUUGGUUCUGCUCAGCCAUGACAUGUUGUGUGGGAUGGACUUCCUUUAGUGUCUGUGUUUCCGUGUGCUGGUCGCUCCGGUUCUGCCGGUUCUGCAGGUUCUGAGAGGAAGCCGGUUAAAGAGACUCCUCUCUACCUGCCAGGAAGGAUCAUAAACCCCUACCCCACGAUUCAUGUUUUCAGACCCUGGUUCUCAGCAUGUCCUCCCGCCUGGAGAGGAAGCCGAGCCUGGGGGAGCUGCCAAUGGAGAGCUGGAUGUCCCUGCUGCCUCCCCCCCUCUGGGACACCCCGCUGAACCAGCUGGCCAUCCCAGGCAGCCACAAUGCGAUCACGUACUGUCUGGAUAUGAACGACCGCUCUCCGGUGGACCUCACGCAGCCCGACCUGCUGCAGAAACUCGACAAAUUCAUGAAGCCUCUCAUCCGGCCCUUCGUCUACAAGUGGGCCAUUACACAGGAGGUCGGUAUAAAGCAGCAGCUGGACUCGGGGGUCAGAUACUGUGACCUGAGGAUCGCUCACCGACCCAACGACACGUCCACAGACCUCUACUUCUACCACGGAGUGUACACCACGCUCACUGUGGAGGCGGUGCUGCUGGAGAUCAGGCAGUGGAUGGACGCUCACCCCCGGGAGGUGCUCAUCCUCUCCUUCAGUCACUUCCUGGGCCUGAGCCCGGAGCUGCACAUGCUGCUGGUCAGCACCAUCCGCAGCGUGUUCGCAUCCAAACUCUGCCCCAAAACGGAGGUGCCGACCCUGCGUAACCUGUGGACCCGGGGCCUCAGUGUGAUCGUGUCCUAUGAACACGUCCUGUCCUGCAGCAGCGCCGACCUCUGGCCCCACAUCCCGUACUGGUGGGCCAACAAGUGCCGAGCCGAGGAGCUCAUCCAGGAGUUCGAGCGCCGCAAGCAGAGCGGCAGGCCAGGGGGUUUCUUCGUCACAGGCAUGAACCUCACGGAGGACCUGAAGUACAUCUGCACCCACCCCACAGAGUCCCUGAAGGACCUGGUGGUGUCCACCUACCCCCCACUGCUCAGCUGGGUGCUGCAGCAGAGCCCCGGCGGUGGGGGGGGCUCCCUCAACAUCAUCGCCGGAGACUUCGUCACGGAGAGCUGCUUCGUGCCCACCGUCGUCUCCCUGAACGAGAAACUGCUGAAACACUCCUCAUGACUGCUCUCCAAUUAUCUCACACACACACACACACACACUUGAAGAACCACGGCAUGUUUAGUGGCAGUGAACGUACUUGAAUUAUUCGUUUCGAUAUAAAAUGCACUGACGAAGAGGAGGAUGUAUAUUUCAGACUUUUUAAUAUUUCCACUUUUGUUUACAUUCACUAUUUAUGCAAAUGUGCUGUAUCAGAUUUCAGGAGUCAGCAGAGCAAUAACAACAAUAUAAACAAUGCAACUAAUCUCACCUUUUAAGUUUUAGGUAAGCACAAGCGAUGUAUUUAACGAGCACAUAUGAUUGUACCGUAGGUCCCAGACCUUUGUAACUCUGACGUGUCGGCAGCAGCUAGGUAUAUAUUUAUCCUCAGAGCGUAGAGUAGACUUGACACUUAUGCAAAAUGCAUGGAAAACUAAUUUGCAUGAACCCAACCUCUGACUGUUUUACUCCCAAGCUGACUCAAGGUGAGGCCUUGUUUUAAAUGAUGCUGCGCCGCUGUGCCUGUGGAGAUGAGCUUUUCCAAUAAACAUGAGCAUUUUUA